AUGAGCCUCGUGACGAACCCGAAGCACAUCAUCAUUGAAGACGACGACCUAUGGAAUGAGUCUUCUGACGCGAGGAGUAGCAAUGAGGAGGAGCGUUUGUAUCAAGCCCUUCGCGGCAUUCGUAGUGAGGACGCUCACCGUGUGGGGUCUGACAGAGCGACAGAGGAAGGGCGGCCUCACCGGACCCAUACAGGUCAACAAAAGAAGGAGAAACAAAAAGGGCCCCAACACCAACAGCAGCAAGCAAGAAAGCCAGUGAAGAAGCCACGGCGCAGUGACCCGAAGGCCAUGGAGCGUCUCACGACACCCACCGCUGCCUCCAGGGCAAGGUCACAGCGGAAGUAUGUGGAUCAAUUGAAAGAGGCGAAGCGGGAGGAGAAGCGCGCCUCGAGUGCGCCGAGGGCCAUAUCCCCAGUAGCGACGAAGGCGGGGAUGCGCCUGUACGCAGCUGCGGUGGGGCAGCAGCGGCAGCUUGAUCGCCUGCGGGCUGAACAUGAGAAAGUAAUGAAGCAGAAGGAGGAGAAACCAACAUUCAAACCGCAGAUCACUUCACUGGCCAAAUGUCUGGGAGAGACGGGCUAUGCAGCCCCACACGAGCGCUACGAUAAGACAAAGGAAAAGAUGGCAAAGAGUUUUUUGCUGCGAGAGCGGGAACGGAUGGACCGCAUCACGGCGGGGUGCACGUUUCAGCCAACACUGACAGCAGCUUCGGAGAAAAUGGCUGAGAUGCGCCGCAAGAGUGAGCCCUUCCAUGACGCCGGUGAGCGGCUCUUUUUUGAGGGCGGCCAUCGCCUCAUCAGGCAACAGCUGAGGGAGCGUAUUUUGGAACAACGAGCUGACAACCGCGUGAUUGGUGGAUUUCAGAUCUCCCCAGGUGCGGCAAAAGAGUUAGCGGCGCGGCUGCUUAAGUGGCAGGAGAUCUGCGACCGAAACCACGAGGCUGCGAAGGAGGAGUACGUGCGUAGCGCUACGCAGCCGCUCACGCCGAAGCCUCAGUUGGCGGAGCGGUAUAGACGGCAAGAUCACCCCAAUCUGAGAGACGGCCAUAGCCAGAAGAGGCAGCAACCCUCGUCUUCUACCUACAACCUCUCGGAGCGUCCACCAUUGGAUGAGCUCCGUCUAAUGCGUCUUCGUGCGCUUUUCUUCAAGUACGCCCCCUCAGAGAAGUCAACAUCUCUGCAGCUGCAGGAUGUCAAGAGACAGGUUCGGGAGCUGUUCCCGGGGGACUCUGGUGUUGUUGCGGCACUCGCAGCUGAUUUUAAUGACAUGGAUGCAAUCAGUAGAAGUGCAUUCGUGGAUAGCCUUUUGCGGUUCGAGCAGCGGUACGGUCCGCAGCCGUGGGGCCACCCAACAGGCGAGCACGUGCGCUCCGCCUUUGGUGAAUCGCCCAUUUAUUCACAACCUGAGGGUGCGACGACACCACAACCCUUGAGACGGGCGAAUUCGGCGCGCGCCAUCUCGUCACGGAAUAAAGAUACCUUGAUGCAGAAUGGAGCAGAAGGUGUGGAGGCACCGGCGUCUCCGUGCCAUUUGCCGUAUCGCCUGGCGUCGUCAUCAUCCUCAUCCUCGAGGGUUUGCGGGCGCUUGAAAAGGGAUACGACUACAGACUCUAAGCACCGUGAACCCCGCUCUCAGAGAGAAAAGGCGAAGACGGUUGUGACAAGACAGUCGGUGAGCAGAUCACCCUCUCAGCUUAGUGCGCUUGAUAAGGAGCAGUGUUUGUUGGAGCAGCACGAGGCAGAGCUCCUCCGAAGGCAGAGAGAGCUCUUGGCGAAGACGAAUAACACGAUGCUGAAGGCACCACCGCCACCACCACCACCACCGCUGGUGUCGUCUUCCCGGAAGUCACAAGAGAGAUUGCCAAGUCCGGGCAGCGUGGAGCUCUCGAGCUUUACAGAGGACUGUGGCAGCACGCCGAACGCCAAGUGGCCUGAAGAAAUUGUGGCGGAGCUAGAGGCGCUUGUGGAGACGCCGGUGGAGCGUUCGGCAACCGCCUCGCCGAAGCGGCCCAAUGCGCGCNCACUAGAUGCAAGGAAGAAGGGUAGAGGUGCUGCUGGCACCUCAAUUCCGUCCUCACUUCGGCGUGGUGUGAACAAUGUGCCUGCACCUGGUGGUGCGAGGACGCUUGAUGAUCGGGUAGCCCAGCGUCGGUUGAUUAAGGAGAUUGAGGAGAUUCUGGGCGGGGAACCCGGUCGCUAUGUGGUAGAUUAG